UCGUCAUCCACUCUGUAUCGAUAUCAGCCAUCUCAUUCUAAGAACGGGUUCUUACUUAGAAUGAUAAUGGCGGUUAAUGUUUCUUGAUCCGCGACUGCUUACAUAAAUGUUGAGUGCCAGACAUCUGUUAGCCAGUGCUGAAUAAGUUCUCAAAAGAUAUUUUUGACUUUUAUUUUGUUAUUAUUUAUUGUUCGGUUACCAAUAUGACCACUUAUGCUAGAAUCGCUGUUGUUGUUCUCUUGGCAUGUUUUACUUCAGGUGCCAUCGCUCAAGAUCUGCCAGUAACUCAGCAAUGUUUGGGGUGCAUCUGCGAAGCUAUCUCUUCGUGCAACACCACAAGAACGUGCUCUGGUGACGUAUGUGGUCCAUUCAGGAUAACCUGGGCAUACUGGGCAGACUCUGGAAAGCCAACAGUAAGAGGAGAAUCUACCGAAUCAAAUUCAGCAUACUCCAACUGCGCUGUUGACACUUACUGUUCUGCCCUUUCUGUACAAGGAUACAUGAGCAAAUUCCAACAGGACUGUGAUGGAAAUGGGAGAAUCGACUGCGACGAUUUUGCUACAAUUCACAAAAUUGGUGGAUAUGGAUGUAAAGGAGCCAUUCUUCCAGAGCCAUAUGGAGAACGGUACAGACAGUGCAAGAAUAUCGUUGGGCAGUACAAGCCCUGAACAAAUUUGCCUAUGUUAUUUUAAUCUUAGGUUCUCAAAGCUGUGAAUUUUUUUAAUAAACACUUAUUUCUAGACUGCGAAAAAGACACCUCACUCUUUUCAUAUUAUAUGCAUACCCAGCAUGUAUUACUCCACUUUAUCGUCAAUAUGAUGAAUUCUUCAGAGAUAAAC